AUGGAAAACAACUUACUCGAGGGUCUCCUCGACCUGGAGGAAGUAUUUUACAGGGAAGGCUAUGAUUUAGGAGCCGUCGAUGGCGCGCAGGCUGGCUACACUGAAGGCAGUGUAUUUGCUGUCGAGAAGGGCUUUGAAAAAUUCCUCGAGGUAGGAAGGCUCUACGGUAAAGCUCUGGUUUGGUCACAAAGACAAGCCAAGCUAGACCCAUCCAACACUAGAGAUCCUUCCCAAAUGGCUCUGUUACCUAGUGAGAAGGAUGAAAAUUUUUUGGAGCCAUCUGUUUGCAGAGAGAUGUCGAGCGUUCCACCCAGCUCCAGGCUAGCGAAGAACGUCGACACACUUCUUGAAUUGGUUGACCCGGCGUCUUUACCCAUGCAAAACAUAGAGGAAGCCGUUACUGACGUGGAUGAGCGUCUGAAGGGUGCGCUAAUCAAGGCCAAACUUAUCCAGCGCGCACUGGGCGAGCGAGAAGAUGCUUGGGAUAUACACCCUGAUACUAAAGACUUUCCCCAGCAGAAAAGCUCUGGGGAUGGCACUGGCAGCAUUGAAGACAUCAGCUCCCUGAAGCUCCGUCCAUGA